UAAAGGUGUUAGUAUGAGUCAGAUGAACACAGACAGCAGCAGCAUCUGUCAGUGUCUGCUGAUGAAGGUACCACGUCUCUUUGACCUCAUCUGAACGGGACUUUAACAGCGGAGCAGCCUGACAGCAGGAAGCCACGAUGACGGCAGUGGACCUUUUCAACACUUUGGAGGAUUUAAAAGAAGAGGAAUUUAAGAAAUUCAAAUGGUGUCUGCAGCAGCGGGACAUCCUGGAAGGCUACCAAAGAAUCAAAGAGUCCAAGUUGGAGAACGUAGAAAGGCAGGACACGGUGGAUGUGAUGGUGAAAACCUAUCAACUUCAAGGAGCUCUGAAGGUGACCAAGAAGGUUUUAGAGAUGAUCAACAGGAAUGAUCUGGUCCAGAGUCUGCCAGACACCAGCUCAGGACCAGACGUUAUGGCUACUGCCAGCAAUGUGCCAACUGAAGAAGAAGUGUCCAAACCAGGAGAAGUUCCCUGUGACGUCUGCACUGGAACCAAACUGAAGGCCCUGAAGUCCUGCCUGGUGUGUCUGGUCUCCUACUGUGAGACUCACCUGGAGCCUCAUCUGACAGCUUCACGUCUGAAAAGACAUCAGCUGAUCGACCCUGUAGAGAACCUGGAAGGCAGGAUGUGUACGAAGCAUGAUAAACCUCUGGAGCUGUUCUGUAAGACCGACCAGACAUGUGUCUGCACGUUCUGCAGUGGUAUAGACCACAAAAUGCAUGAUGUUGUUCCUCUGAAUGAAGGCUAUGAAGGAAAGAAGGCCGAGUUGUGGAAGACAGGGGCUGAAAUUCAGCAGAUGAUCCAGAAGAGACGACUGAAGAUUCAGGAGGUCAAACACUCAGUCGACCUCAGUGAGGAAGAUGCAGACAGAGAGAUAGCAGAAGGUGUUCAGGUCUUCACUUCUCUGAAGGAGUCUGUUGAGAGAGGCCUUAAUGAGCUCAUUAACACGAUCAAAGAGAAGCAGAAAACAAGAGAAAUACAGGCCGAAGCUUUCAUCAAAGAGCUGGAACAGGAAAUCUCUGAGCUGAUGAAGAGGAGCACUGAGGUGGAGCAGGUGUUACGCUCUGAAGACCACCUCCAUCUUCUCCAGAGUGUCCAGUCCUUAAACAUCCAACAACCUCCACCCACCAAGGACUGGACAGAGGUCAGCGUCCGUCCAUCAUCAUAUGAGGGGACUGUGGUGAAAGCUGUGGCUCAGCUGGAGGAGACACUCAGUGAAGAGAUGAAGAAGCUGCUCACUGAGUCUGAGCUGAAGAGGGUCCAGCAGUAUGCAGUUGAUGUGACUCUUGAUCCUGAUACAGCACAUCCUAAACUCAUCCUGUCUGAUGAUGGGAAACAAGUGAAUCUUGGUGAUGUGAGGAAGAAUCUCCCAGACAACCCAGAGAGAUUUUCUAAGUGUGCUUGUGUUUUAGGAAAGCAGAGUUUCUCUUCAGGCAGAUUUUACUUUGAGGUUCAAGUUAAAGGAAAGACUGAUUGGGAUUUAGGAGUGGCCAAAGAGUCGAUCAACAGGAAGGAUGCAGUCCCACUGAGCCCUCAGAAUGGUUACUGGAUGAUAUGGUUGAGAAAUAGAAAUGAGUACAAAGCUCGUGCUGGCCCUUCAGUCCGUCUCUCUCUGAAGUCUCCUCCUCAGAAGGUGGGGGUGUUUGUGGAUUACGAGGAGGGUCUGGUCUCCUUUUAUGACGUAGAUGCUGCAGCUCUUAUCUACUCCUUUACUGGCUGCUCCUUCACUGAGAAACUCUUCCCAUACUUCUGUCCUGGUCUUAAUGACGAUGGUAAAAACUCUGCCCCUCUGAUCAUCUCUCCUGUCAGAGUAAACUAAUCACUGAUCUCAUUUCAGGUGUUGAUUUAUUUUCAAUAAAGGAAACAAAUGUACAUAUUCAUAUAUUUUACAUCUUAUUUCCUACAGAAUCUGUUUCCUGUGGUGACUGAUUUACACUUUAUUCCAUUUAUUAUCAUAUGGUUAAAUGUGCAGCAAUUCUUUGCAAAUUGAAUCAAACUUCAUCUUGACAUAUUUGGUGUCUUUAGAAACUGAUUUCUUCUGGAAGUUAUAAUAAAUGUCUGUGGGUUUAACAGAGGUUUAAAUAGAUAUUGUCCACAUAA